AUGACCGGACCCAAUCCUACUCCGUUCAUAUCUACAACUAGUAGGCUCGCACUGGCCGAGAAGAAGGUGAAACAUCUACAUGACAAGACCAGGAAGGUUCCGCGCUGUCUCGUCGUCACAUCCCUUGACAUCUCCAAGAUUGUCCCUGCGACUCUCACAGCCAAUAUGACGACUACCACCAAUGGGCACACGACCGAGCACAAGGACACCGACCACAUUGAAGAAACGGUAUACGAUGACAUAGAGAUCCCAAUAUGGGUUCUUUUCCAAGAUGAUUACGAAGGACCUGCACACGAGCGCCCGGACUGUGAGGUCAACGACGUCUUGGAUGCUGGCGGUAUCUUCUGGUUCUCAGUGAAUGAGUUGAAGGUGUCGGAUCUGCGUGUAUGGGCGGGCGACGACCACAGGGGUGAAUGGUUAGCCGUCAGCAGCAUCCCCAAAUCUCUCAUCGUCAGAGCUAUGCCGUUCGAUGGCAUGGUUCUGCACACAUCGAAGACCACCGAAGUCAUACAAGCCCGCGGUAGCCCGGAACCCUAUCUUUGGAAUCAUGACAACGUCUGUUGGGAUCACAUGCCGGGUCACACCAAGCACUAUGAUCUCGCGGACUACCGGCCUUACCGUCUUUCGAAGCAAGGCGAUAAGCGGAUCUACGAUGAUGCAAAGAUCGCCGCUGCCAUAACAGAGAACAUCAUGACCAACUUCAAGCGUUUCAGGCGUGCCAACAACAAUGCUGAUGCGCGCCCUGAUGCCGCUCAUGACUUCGAGGACGUAGCUGCUCGCACACCCGAGAACAUGUCGAUUGAAGUAGUCAUCACUGAUCCUCUGCUUGCACGGCACAGGUUCGUACUGCGUCCCCAGGAUUACGAGUCUUGA